AUGGAACCUAUCGAGGGCAAGCCAGUCAUCCAGCAACGGAUCCUGCCGAGUCCAGUCGUCUCCAUCGACGUUCCUGGCAGGAGCGUAUCAGCGGCAGGAGACGAGAACAGCAACAUCAUCUUCAGCCCUUGGAAGGCGUUUGGACCUUUCGUGGAUACUAUACAGCUCACAACAGUCGAGCGGUGGCGGGGAUCGAAACCGUGUUCCCCGCAUCACGAGUCGGCCAGUCCGACCCCUUCAUCGUUCGGCUAUCGUGGCUCCAAAAAGGUUGGAAACGACUUAGUUUCUUCAUAUAUCGCGUACUUCAUCUUCAGACCUUGGAAGGCGUUUGAACCUUUCGUGGAUACUAUACAGGCGUUUGAACCUUUCGUGGAUACUAUACAGGAUGGUGAACUCCUGCCCAGCCAGGAUACGGUAGUGUUGCCUACUCCGAGGCAUCAGUUCACUUCGGUGGACGAAGACGCAACUGACCCCAUGCCCACUACUGAGACGUCAAAUAAGGUGGCCUCAAUAAGCCAGCUGUCCUUCAUGGUGAGGCCGGACAGCUUCGAGCGGGGGCAGCUGCGGCUGACGUGCAUCUCGACGGUGCACAGCGUGUACAGCGAGCAGGCUGAGCUGGUCAUCAAUGAGGAGCGACCGCAGAUCGCCUCGGUGCUAGGCACAAGGGAUGAUGCUAGAGGUCUAGGAGCUUCGUUGCUGCUAAUCACCUUCUGCUCUACAAUCACUUUAAGUGAUAUUAUUUUAAGGGAGAUCCUCCGAUGAUGUAUGGCUGUCGCAGAGUUGAACGGGCGUCUAAAGUAAAGUUAAUGUAUGUAAAUAAGAGUUUUAAAUAAGACUAGAGACUACCAUAUAAUAGGUACAGUUAUACGAAACGUGGCAUGAUUUUUCGGCGCUUUUUAACCGAUUUCAAAAAAGAAGGAGGUUCUCAAUCGACUGUAUGUUUUAAGUUAAAACGACAAGACGUGUACGUAUUUAACUCAUUUCAUAUUUGUUUAAAUCUCACCAUUGCCAAAAAAUACAAAAUAAUUGCAAAUUAAAUUGUUAAAAAUGUCGUAAACGCACUUUUCAAAGUUAGCUCUCUUGAGUUGAUUGAGAGGAUAAAUCCUUAUUUUGUAAAUGUAAUACCUUAUUUAAGAGGUAUGACAAAGUUUCUUACCUCAACAGAUGUAGCUUUUCGUCUUGCUACUUAGUGUUAUGUAAAACGUUGCUGUAAUCAAAUCUAUUGUUAAUACUGAUUUCUAUACUUCGUACAACGAAUAUAUUUAUUGUGAAUAGUCAAAUAAAGUCACUUCAAGUACUAAAAGUUUAAAUAUGUAUGUAUCCCUUCCUACUUAAUUUUACCUUCAAAUUAUUUAAUACAAUACCAAGCCGCAAUAUUAAGGAAUGUACAUAAAUAUGUAUUUUAAGAUAAUUAUGAUGAUAAAAGUUAAGUUUAAUGUCCUUGUAAAAUCGUGUGAUCUGUAGAUGAAUAAAAUUUGUAGGAAAAAUUAAAUUAAAUUAUAUCUCAUGACUGUGAGGUGCGUAAACACCAUGUAAUUUGUCAUUUAAAAAAUGUAAAAAACCAUUCAUACAUUCAUGUACGUACAGUGGCCGACACAUUUCUUUUGCAAAAUAGUACUAAAACUAACACCCGCAAUCACAAACGAAGCUUGCUAAGUGAAGCUGUAAAUCGAUCACAGCGUUGGGACCCUGUGCGUCCACGCCAUUGUGAGACCUCAUAGUAAUGUUUGUGAAUACGUAAAUACCUACGAUGCUGCAGUUUUUACCUUGUAAGUACCACGUUAUAGUAUCUUUCAUAAGUUCAUAUUAUGGUCGUCCUAACCACGUUUCCCUUAUUUUCUAUUUUCUGAACAUGAUUCAAAAGUUGGCGACGUCAAUCAGACUUUACAGUUUUCAUGUAAAAUCACCCAUCUAAAAAAGAUGCCACUGUUAAUUUAGCUUGAUGUACCGUCAUCUGUAACUCUCAGCGUCAAAUAGUUCGUGUCACCUAAACUGGUCAAAAAGUACCUUAUUCCAAUUACAAAAAAAGACUUGUCGCUUUUUGGCUACGAGUACUUUGGGUGUCACUAAGUAUUUGAAGCUGAAUGUACCAUGUUUAACGGACUAAAGAAACAUUUGAAAAACUCACAUAGAGUAAAAAGACGUCAUGUCAAUAUGGUUGUAUAAUAUGUAACUAUGGCACAAAGGAUAAGAUUAAUAUUAAGAGAAACAUAAAAAUACUUGUCAUAAAAAUGAAAUAAUAGUACUAAUAAUCAAAGCGAAAAGAACUAAAGCUUUCGAGGUAUAAACGGAAUAAUAUUAAGAAAUAGUACUUUCGUUGGGUUUAUAGAAUUAGAUAAAGAUUGUAAGAUUGUGAAUGGUUAAGACUUCAAACAUUGUAACAUAGUAAUGAAAUCAUAUAAUAUUCGGUAGCUUUUAAAGAUGUUUCAAGGUUGUCUGGAUGAAUGUUCUCGAUGUGUGUACUUAAUGCAAAUUCUUUGACGUCAAAGGAUUACUUAAGUAAUUUGUGUUAAAGAAAACAAUUUCUAGAAUGAGAGCUUCAAGUGUACGAAAUAAAUUGAGGUUUAAACUAAUUUAUUAAUUAUUACAGCCAAGAAAUAUUUUAAAUGGUGAAACAUUUUUCAAAAUUCCCCUGAAUGUUGAUUGUUUAACUAUUUAUUAACGGUGUUGUGAUAUUUUAAUUUUAAAGUUAACUAAUAUUAAAAAGACUUUAAUUUUUUAUAGUGUAAUAUCGGCUCAUUUCUGAAUUUGAAAUCUAUUAUUAUAAUAACACAAAUAAUUUCCAAAAACUUUUCAAAGGGCUAAACAUUUUACAGAAUCUUAAAUAUGUCUCUAUCAGUGGUUUGAAGUAGGUAGAGACAGAAUCAUUUUUAAAUCAGAUUUAGCUCUAAUUUUGUUUAAAAGUGGUCAUGAAAGUCGUCUUAAAUGUUUUCAGAAAUUGGUACCAUAAAGUUUUCUUUUGUAACUUUUAACCAAAAUAGUACACAAAACAAAAACUGUAUGAGUGUGUGCAGUCUACUUAUGUAAACCUGAAUGUGUGUGUGAAAAUGUAGACAAUAUUAAAAUUCUUAUAAGAGAUAACAGCAGUAAUCAGGAUUUUCCUCAAAAUGGUGUCUCUAUUACAAAAAUCGUUUUUAAAAAACGUGUUUUAUUUUAUAGCUCUUAGUGUAGUUAUUUUGUUGAUUAUGAACUAAUAAAUUUUAUACGAU